AUGGAUCAGAAACACUCCACCAGACUGGGCAAUAUCAGUCGCAGUGGACAACUGAUCCCCGGAUCAAAAUACUAUUUGGGUGAUAGUUCUGCGCAUCAUCGAUCGAUGCGGCGUCAAUCAGAGAGCGGUGCCUGGGAUUUGAAGUCAGAAAGUAAGUCAUGCUCGAGUUUGCUGAUAGACUUUCGAUCAAAAAAUAUGUCGGCGUGCGCGCAUUUUUAUCCUUCACGAUGA